GUGGUGGGGCAGCACCUAGUGUGUCUUCAUGCUUUCAUCUGUUAAUUCAAUGAUUUUGACUCACCUCGUCUCACUGUAAACACUAGUCAUCUAGCAUAUUGGAAUUUCCAGAAGCUGUAUUGAUCUCUAUUCAGCCGUCUUGAGAGUGGAUCUACGUGAGACAUCUAUCAGGCCUGGUCGGACCCCAUUCUACUGCUCUGUAAACUACUCUCCUGCCUCAGCCCCUGGGCCAUGGUACAUCAGAGUGUAGCAGCUACAAUAUGAGCGUAUCUCCCUCCACCACCCUGGACAGCCAGCUGACCACUUCCUGGGGCCCUAAUAACUCCUACCCUGAUGUUCCGGUGGUGAUGUCUGGGUACACAAGUCGCCUGUGGCCUCGUGACUCCCAGCCUCAGUUCUGGAGUAAGUACCAGGUGUGGGAGUGGCUGCAACAGGUCAUGGACAUGCACCAGAUUGAUGCCUCCAACAUUCCUUUCCAAAACUUUGAUAUGGACGGUCAUCAGCUCUGCAGCCUGAGCUACCAGGACUUCAUCCGUGCUGCCGGCAGCGUGGGGCCCAUUCUCUUCCACAGCAUCACAGAGCUCAAGUGGAGCGGGCAGUACCAUGUUGAACUGGAACUCAAACCAGAAUUUGACUUCUCCUGUCCAUUUCCAGAUGUCAGCUAUCCACCUGGAGAAGUCUACGAUCCUUUGAUUCACCCCCUCGCAGAUGUUGCCUCUCCCACCCCUUCUAGCCCUGAUAUCAAAAGGUCUUUGAGUCGUCCUCAUCCGGCCAAAAAAAACAAUCCAAGGGGGACCCACUUGUGGGAGUUUAUCAGGGACAUUCUGCUGAACCCAGAGCGAAACCCAGGGCUGAUCAAAUGGGAGGAUCGGACAGAGGGGGUUUUCCGCUUCCUUAAGUCAGAGGCAGUGGCACAGUUAUGGGGCAAGAAGAAGAAUAACAGCAGCAUGACCUAUGAGAAACUAAGCCGGGCAAUGAGAUAUUACUACAAAAGAGAAAUCCUAGAGCGAGUAGACGGACGCAGACUGGUUUACAAGUUUGGAAGGAAUGCAAGAGGAUGGAGGGAAUCAGAGAAGUGACAAUUUCAUUAAUUUAUGUUUUCUUUGAUGUGCAAAUGUGAAGAUUUAUUGUAGUUUGUAUUGGUAUUGUUUUUGAUAGUGAUAUGUUUUAACUGUUUACACAUUGUUUAUAAUUGGUUUUUUUGCCUGACUCUUUGUUUCUUUGACACUGCACUGAGACUUUCUUUACUGUGCCUUAAAUGUGCCUAUUAUGCAACAUGUCAGCGGUCAAACCUCCCACAUGUGUGUUUACAUGCAGUAAGAUCUCACUUAAGAAAAAGAUAGUAAAAACUGCCAAAAGCUAACAUAAAACAUUGUCAAUCCUGUGUUCCUUACGUUUUUUCAGAUACUUUCCACAAGUCCCAAAGGAGCACAUGUUGAUAGCAUUCAUUACACAUAUGGCAAACAGAUGAAUGUUGCGUGUUUUGACACUUAUACUGUGAAGUUUCCUUUGGGAAGGAUGCAUGAUCGCUGCAGAAAAACCAAAUGAAAUAAAAAGAAUUAAAUAACAUCCAAUAACCACAAUGCAACAAUAAAGUACAAGAACACAUAAAGUGAUGAACUGUAAAUAUUUACACCGAAAUGACAGUGUGAAUUGUCUUAUUUCAUGCAUUUCAUACUUUGCAUUCAUUGGGCGGUAAAGAAAGUGUGUAAAUGUUUGCUGAUGUAUGACACAAAUAAAGCUUGCUGUUGUUUUUA